AUGCCGAAGCCUCAUGACGCCUGUGCGCAUGAUGUUUUGCAACUAGAGCUGUCGGCGUACGCUCAGAAAGCUGGGUUCGUGCGGACUGGACCCAACAGGAGGCUGGCCGCUACGACGAGGUCGGGUUACAGCCCGUUAGCGAAGAAGGGUCAGAUUGCCGCGCGCAAAACUCUCUUUGUGGCCGCCGUACCCCGGAUUGCCCCGGCGUGGGGUUCAUGGGAGAAGGGAGACAGCUCGGCGUCGGGGAAGCCCCCGCGUAGCGAGGAGAAGCUGACCCCACCAUCUUCAGAGGGUAUCGUUAGGUACUUGAGUGAGUUUUACCACGGCCUACCCGUUAAAGUGUUCCCACAACAGUUGCGGCUCCUGAACCUGGGAGACCUUCUCGGUGCUACCAUCGGCGUGCUUUCGGCUGACGCAUACUCGAUCGUCCUACUAGUCGACCACGACAUGUACGAAGACGAAGAUGAUGACUUCUGCUGCGGUAGGGCGUAUGGAGGUAGUCGGGCCGGUGUGGUUUCCACCUCGCGGUACAACCCUAUCCUCUCCUCGAUGGCCAUUCCACGAUGGGCCUACAUUGGUCAUAGAUGCGAAGCCAAGGGCCCCCAACCGGCUGCGAGAAAGAGGAGGCAGAAUCACGCCGUGCUUGGGCUCUCGGGGCCGGCCGUGGAGGCGGCAACGCUUCAAGAAGAGCAGCCAUCAACGCCACGACGGGGGAUGGCGGAAGAUGUCCGGCAACCUUCGUGCUUGUGUCCGGUAUGUCUGAGCAAGGUGUCCCAUGCACCCUUCUGCGAUUCGUGGAAUCGGGUCGGCUUCUUCGCGGGUUACGGAGCCUGGAUCCGCGGAAGACUUGGAAAGCUGGAAUAG